GGUGGAGAAUGAGCGGAAGGAGGUGGCAUCGUUGACGCGUUGAAGGUUGAGGAGACCCGUCUUGGAAAAUCCUAUCUAAGCCUCUCUCUCUCUCUCUCUCUCUCUCUCUCUCUCUCGUCUCAACUUGCUUGGGACGGCAGUGAAGAGAGAACAAGGAAACCCAACCAAAGAGAGAAAAUGCGUAAUAUCCCUAAUAAUCCUUCUUUCAAGCUAAUCUUGGGAUCAUCUUCUAUGUCUCGUCGACACAUUCUAGCCGAGAUGGGAUAUGAAUUCACAAUCAUGCAGACUGCAGACAUAGAUGAGAAAGGCAUUCGAAGGGAAAACCCGGAAGAGUUGGUAAUGGUUCUGGCCGAGGCAAAGGCAGACGCCAUCAUCUCAAAGGUCCAAACUAUUGAUUACAAGAACAAUGCUGAAGCAACACUCCUGAUUACUGCUGAUCAAGUGGUGGUCUAUGAAGGGAUAAUCCGAGAAAAGCCAUGCAGCAAAGAAGAAGCACGCCAAUUCAUCAAAGGCUAUUCUGGGGGACAUGCAUCAACAGUGGGAUCUGUACUUGUUACGAACCUGAAAACGGGCACCAGAAAAGGAGCAGUGGACAAAGCUGAGGUUUACUUCCAUGACAUUCCAGAUGAGGUCAUCGAGAACUUGAUAGAGGAGGGAGUUGUGCUAAAUGUUGCAGGUGGCUUGCUUCUGGAGCAUCCACUGACAUCACCCUUUGUUGAAGCAGUGGUGGGAACAGCUGACAGUGUGAUGGGACUCCCCAAGGCACUCACAGAGAAACUUAUUCAGGAGGCCCUCUAAGCUUCUCCAUCAUUCCUCAAAGCAAUGUCUGCAAUCUUUGCUCUCAAUGAAGCUGCUUUUUUCUUUUCUUUUCUUUUUUUUUUUCUUUUUUCUUUUAUCUUUUUUUAGCCUAUAAAUGGGCUUCAAAGGUGUCUCCUUCUUUGGCACAUUUAUAUGGGAAUGAACCUGCAGCCUCAAGGUUGUGAAAUGGAGCUCUCUUCCCAAUCAAACCUAUGGGCUGACUUCCUUCUCCAUUAGUUUGUUUAUUGUUUGCAAGUGACCAAUGUGAGAAACUCUUUCAUUUUGUGAGGA